AUCCCGACGGCCACUCUGUGCGAGCUGUCGCGCUGGGUCACGUCGAUGCUGCUCAUGCCUCGUUUCUAGAAUUUCCAAGUUCUGCCUAUUGGGCGGUUGAGUCGCCAAAGACGCUUCCCUCUCCCUCUCAGCAAUCAUGACCUCGUCACCACGCUCCGCCGUGCCACCGGGCACCAGCUCCCACCUCGCGCACACGCUACUCUCUCGCGCGCACUCCCCCGACACAGCCUCGCGGAUCUUCACCGAGAAAGUCAAGAACAAGCCCCUCCUGCUGCAGCCCACGUCGUCUGCAGACCGGGACAAGCGCGCCCUGCGUCGCCGCAUCCGCCUGCGCAAAAAGGAAUACUACCUGCGCAAGCGCAAACCGAAGCCGCUGAGUGCCAAGGAGAAGAGGGAGCUGGGAGUGUUCAAGCUGAAGAAGGAGGAGGUCAAGUACGAGAUCUACAAGGGCCUGCAUGAGUUGUGGAAGGGGUACAUGCUGGAGGUCCUCGGCUACGUCAAGGACGGGCAGACUGUGCAAAGCAGCCUGGGAAGGAUGGUGACGGCGCAAAGUCACGGCUCUCUCCUGGCGAGCGCGGACUUCCAUGGCGCCGAACUCGAGGUGGUCGCUUGUUCGGACGCCGGCAAAGUUGGGCUCAAGGGGAUCGUGGUGAGAGACACCAAGUUCACAUUUGUGGUUGUUACGGCAAAGGACGAGGUCAAGACGCUGCCAAAGAGGAACGCGGUCUUUCGCUACGCCAUCCCCCUGCCAGAGGGUGAGAACGACACUCGGAAAGGUGACUCUCACCAAGAGGACGACAAACCCAACGGAAAACCCAAGGGGACGAGACUACUGGUAUUCGAACUGCAUGGGAACCAGUUCGAGUUUCGGCCAGCCGAGAGGGCAAACCGGAAGUUCAAGUGGAAGGCCAUGGACUACUUAUGAAGAACCAAAAUUGGCCCCAACGACUAAUAUCUAUCACUUACAGACCACAGGCCCGCGAUAUGAUGUGUCUGAAGUCAACAGGCGUUUUGCCCCAGGCCGUGUUACAUCGCUGCCCACUCAACGCUAAACGUCCUUACAUCUCCCGACGGACUGGCUCCGCCCAGCAAGAAGCCCUUCUUCACCCCAGUUCCCAGUCUACCACCGCCUACAAUAUCCAUGAGAUCCAUCUCUUCAUCCCACUCGGCGCCCACAGCGAGGAAGUGGGAAUGGAAUCGGAGAGGGUCGCCAGGGUAAACAGUGUAUUGGCACCCGAAUCGAAGACCAGGGGUCAUGAAGCAGCCUUUGUCGUGGAGAUGCCUGUAAAGAGGGUAAGACGACGGAAGAUUCUCUACUGUCGACCCUAGCAUUGCCGGAGGUGUUGGAAGGAGCCGCCGAGAUGUGGCCGGGGUGACAACAUAGGUGUUCGACGUGGCAGUAGAAGGCAAAACUUUGACCGGAGAGUCGUCUUGAAAAAGCACCUGACUUUUCGUGGCGGCUUCUUCAGCAUCUAGCGCUCUCUCACUGUCGUCAUGUUCGCCCUGCUCUGCAUUACGUCCGGCUUGCAUGGGACCAGAUGAUGAGGGCGAAGGCUUUGCAUUUUUGCUUAAAGCUCGCCUCCGGGACUCCUCCUUCUCUUGGUCCUUGGCAUGCUUGACUUGCUUAGCCUGCUUGUCUAUUUUGGCCAGAUAAUCAGCCCGUCGAGCUAGAUCUUUUGACUGAACGGCUUGAUCGUGAGCUCGAGCGUCGUCAACGAUAACGCCGACCCCUCGUUCAACAAGUAGCUGAGCUUCUUCCGGCAUGAUCUCGAUAGGCACACCAAGAAAUAAGUUUUGAGACGGACUCAGAGGUAAAGUGCCGAUUGCGACGCCACAGAUAUGAUGCUCCCGGCGGAGGUAGGUCGCGAUUUUGAUGUCGAAGAGUAGAUAUCGGCCACCAACUAAAGAUAUCGGCACUGGGAGAUCGGGC